AGGGGAUAACAAAUGUCAUGGUGACCAGCUGGAACAAAUUAUGAAGAAGCCAUGAUGUGAGCCUGUGCUGUGCUGCUUCGCCACCUAAGGCUAUAUCAGGUUAACCUGAUAUUACAAGGUUGUAGGACAAUGUGCUGCUUCUGGUGAAACAGGGGAGACGCUGGAGCCUUUUCACUCAGCAGCGGCUCCUGUCCCAGUACAGAUUAACUUGUAUUCUGGCUGUAGUAAAUAUAUCAGCAAAACCCAACAACCUUACAAAGACCACAUUCUCGUCAAACGCCGUAUUCCAUCAGUGAGACAGACGGCACUGCCGGUACCCAGCAGUAGCCCUGCCUGAGCGGAAACCGGAGCUGGUCUCAAACAGAAGGAGGAUGCACACUGCGGAGUCAUCAACAGAAACCUAGUGUUUUAAUCACAGACACCGAUCAUCGAGUUAAUCACUCAGUCAUAUAGCCAUCUAUUCAUUUUAUCGACAAAAACUUGGCGUGAGUCUACAGGCGGAGCGUGGUAGCAGUCAUGCCCUUGCCGUGGUUACGGCAUGGCUCCCGUGGACACGGGAGGACAUGGGAGGAGAAGGGAAAGAGCAUCAACAAACGGAGCAGGUUUGAACAACAUCCCAAUCUGCACCGUGAAUGAUGAUGACACAUGUCCCAGAUCGCUGUAUAUCUCUGACCAGUUUAGCCCUUCCGAGAGGAAUGAGACCUCAGUAGCAAAAUUCACUAACCCUCCCAGCACCGCAUCCCCAGAAAGCCUGAGAGUGGGAGGACUGUCACCAGCCCCAGCCAAACUGCCUGCCAGGCCUCAGUCGGAGCCAUGUAGAAAAUCCAGCCAGUGCUUCAAGACUUCCAAAGACAAUCCCUUGGUGAAAAAUAAGGUUGAACAUAAAGCUAAAAGGCCACUCCCAUCUGCAAGGAUGUGCUCUGCCGCUGCCUUCCAAUCCUCAGACGCGAUGAGCAACAGAAUGGAUGGGAAUGAGAACACCGUGCACAUUCCCAACUACCUGGAUCAGGAGAUAAAGAUCCUGGCAAAGCUCUCUGAAAUUUUGCAUACCGACUCUCUGGCGGAGGUUCUGAACUGGCUGCUUCAAGCAAGCAACAAAGAAAAGGAAUGGGUAUCAGCUCUGGUUCAUUCUGAGCUAGCUGAGAUAAACCUGUUGACUCGCCACAGAGCAAACACCCCAACAGAACCAGCAGCAGAGCCCAGGAAGCCGUACACCUCCGGAACACCCACAACCAAACUGCUGCAAAACUCACGUGCAAAGCUGAAAGCGCUGACUGGAUCUAGAGAGCGUCAGCUACACAGAACGUCAAGUCAAGGAUCCAAAGGGAACAAGCUGGUGUCACACGGGGCUGAGACACCACUGUUUAUAAGAAGAAACAAGAAGCAAACACCUGUUACAGAAUAUCUCAAUCCAGAGUCUCCUCUAGGGUCCAACAGUGUGGCGAGCAGAUCACCAAAUCCGGGGUCAGCCAGGAGUGCACAAGGCUACAGCCCUCAAAGAGUGUUCUAUCCUUAACACAGCAAACCAGGGUCAGCCAGGAGUGCGCAAGGCCACAGCCCUCAAAGAGUUUUCUAUGCUUAACACAGCAAAGGUAGAGAUGAGUGCUGGGUGGUUCUUUCACAAAGAUGGGCUUCACACUGACAGAACAUCAAAGUAAUUUUUAAAAUAACCAACCCGUCCUCUAUAUGGUGGCACAUGUCUCAAAAACACUUACAUAUAGUGCUAGAAAUAAAUAUUAGCGAAGACUAUUUCUAUUUGUAGCUAGUUUUAAUACUUAUGGAAUAAAUGUUUAUUUAAAUGCCA